AUGGGGAACGUGCAGUCGGAGCAGUCCGCAGGCGGGGGCUCCCGAAAAGAACAAGCCUCCGACCGCACCUCCGACUCCCGCCGGACAUCCCCGGGGGAGCCGGAGCUGACCACCUCCUCCCCGGCCAUGCGCCUGGCUCGCGGACUUGGCGUCUGGUUCCCUGGCAGCUCCGCGCCCCCGGGACUCAUGGUACCCCCGGAGCCCCAGACCUCACCCUCGCCCCUGCCCCUGACCUUAGAACUGCCCUCGCCAGUGACGCCCCCUCCAGAGGGGCCGGCUGCGGCCGCUGUCUCCACAUCACCCCCGCCCCGCGUGGGGACCCUGCUGCCCGCGCCGUCUAAGUGGCGAAAACCCACGGGCACUCCAGUGCCCCGGAUCCGCGGCCUGCUGGAGGCAAGCCAUCGCGGCCAGGGCGACCCUCCGAGCCUUCGCCCACUGCCGCCGCCGCCGCCGCCGCCGCCGCCGCCGCCCCAGCAACUAACCGAAAAGGAUUCUGUCCCGAGGGCCUCAUCCCCAUCUCCGCCGCCCCUCUUGGGGCCGGGAAAGCCGCCACCACCACUUUCCAACCGGCAGCCUCCGGACCGCAGAAUCGCUCCUGCUCUGGCCACGCCCGCCGCACACCCCACAGAAAACCAGGCCGGGCACGGCAGCGAGGCACAGACGGCCCGCGGGGCCUGCGGAGCGGCGCCUGCCCCCGAGCCGGGUGAGGGCGAAAUGGCCAGGUCUGCGGCUUCCGAGUCCGUCCUGGGCCUGCUGUGUAAAGUCACCUUCAAGUCGGGGUCCCCCUUGCCCCCUGCGGCAGCCUCGGGUUCCUUAGCGUCCAAAGCCUCGCUCGGGAGCAGCGGAGGCGGAGGACUCUUCGCCUCCUCGGGCCCGAUCUCUUACGCUGAGGUCCUGAAGCAGGGGCCCCUGGCUCCUGGAGCCGCUCGUCCCUCGGGAGAAGUCACUAGGGGGGCACAGGAAGCCAAGGGCGGCGAUGGAGAUGGUGAAGGGUGGUCUAGUUCCCCCUCGGCGCCUGCGUCCCACGCUCGGGUACUACCGCCGCCACCCUACACCACCUUCCCAGGCUCCAAGCCCAAAUUCGACUGGGCGAGCCCUCCCCAUGGCCCUGAACGCCACUUCCGCUUCAAUGGGGGUGGCAGAGGCGUCGGGGCGCCCCGACGACGCGCGGCCGCGCUCUCCGGGCCCUGGGGCUCCCUUCCGGCUCCGCCAGGGCAGACGCACCCAGCUCCUGAGCCCCGGAGGCCCACAUCUGCACUGCUGGCGCCGCCUAUGUUCAUCUUUCCGGCGCCCACCAACGGGGAGCCCGGACCCCCCGGGCCUUCCGGCCCACAGGAGCUACAGCCGCCGCCGCCCACGCCACCACCCACGCCACCACCCACGCCACCGCCCGCACCACCGCCCACACCGCAGCCGCCAGCUCUCCAGCCAACGCUGUUGCCUGUGGCACCUCAGCCUACCCCGGGCCCCUGUCACGUGGAGUCAGCUCUGGUUCCCGACCCAACCCCCUCUCUGCUCCCAGCCUUGGCCGCCGACCAGGCCCCUGCCCCAGCCUCGGCUCCAGCUCCCACCGCAGCCGAACCGUCGCUGCCUGAGCCUGCGCCUGCGCCUGCGCCUGCGUCCAUCAAGGCCCGCACGCGCAGGAACAAGGGUCUCCGAGCGGCCCGGGCCAUGACCCAUGAGGAUGGCACGCCUGGAGAUGGUCCUCGCGAACGGACUACAGCUACUGUGACUGACAGCAGCGGUGGAGGGGAUGGUAGCAGCUGUGCCCCUCCAGCCGGGGCUGCUAACAUGGGUGCCGUGCGCCACUGGCCGCCCUUCCAGGUGCUUAACUCUUGUCCCUGCAAGUGUUACUGCCACCAUCAGUCGUGCCAUCGCCGCCUGCCACGCAACGUGUCUGCCUGGCUGAGCACAACAACCAACCACCUGAGUGAGCCGCCCUGGGUCACCACCAUCAAGCUGGCUGUCUCCCUGGUAGCUGGGCUGGAGCACUACGACUUGCAGGCCACUCAUUCCAACUGA